UGCAAUAUAUUACAACCACAAUAUUUGGUUUUUUAUUUUGGUGAAUUUUUACAAAAAAAUAUAACCAUGUGUAACGUGCUUUCCGCAUUGGUGUUGGUCUUGGGCGUUGCCAGCAUGUUCUUAGAAAAGGCCCAAAGCUGUGGCGGUUACGACUUGGAAAUCGAUUACAUGAGGAACUGCGACUCAAACAAUGUCAUAGAACUUUCCAACAACUUCUCGGUGUCUUUGUCCAAGGACUGUAUGCUCGAGUUUAACGGUUGUGUCAUAGCACACGAAGACAUCACUAGUGCCGAAGUGGAAUAUACCGUUCACAAGGACGGGGUAUCGCGUUCCGGCAAAAAGGACGGAUGCCAACAAAUGGGCGAUAAAGUGCAAGACUUUGAAAUCGCCGUGGAACUUUUAGGACUACCGCAGCAUUGUCCGGUGAAAAAGAACACGCUGUGUCUGAACAAGAAAUCCGUGGACGUGAGCAAGUACAAGUUGAGGAUGAACUUGUUGAUGGGCCACAUCAGCGGAAAAUCGAUGAUGACCAGCGACGGUGGCGGCAAAACCUGUACAGAGUUCUCGGCCCACGUGGUCAACCGCGUGGCCAAAGCCAUCCCCGGACGACAUUACAUACCGGUCAUCGGUUAACCCCCAUCCCCCGCCAAAAAUAACAAAAA